GAAGCUGCACAGCCAGAAAAACACGUCUGUGUGUUCAUCAUACACAUAUGCAUGCUUGGCUUGUUCUGCAGUUGUAAUUGCAGACACUUCGCUGCUGGAUUGAAUAUUUUUAUAUUUUAUAUUUACACACACAUAGCCAUAACAUAUGUGUUUUUAAGCGUCUGUACAUUAAAUAUUCAUUUGCAAAUGGGUUCAGCCGUAUAGAUCUGGGGGAAAAAUAAGUCUUGGACAAGAAGAGAAGAAAUGGGAAAGAAUGAGGGGCAGAAAGGUGACCCCGGGCCGGAGCCUUGGCGCCCUACGGCUUGCAGGAGGGUCUGAGCCAGGGCUGUGAAGGUGCUGCCCAGGUCAGAUAGAAUCAGGAGAAGCAAGGGCUUCACCCGCGGCGGGCACUCCCCCUCGGGUUGUGACUGCACCUGCUGCAUGUGACCAGCGGGCACCGAGGCAGCCGCAGCCACAGCUGUGACGAGGCAGCCUCAGCCUUGCCAGCUCCCGCCCGCUCCCACUGAGCAGGGGAGCGCGGCAGAGGAGGGGCGAGAGUCUCCGCAGCACCGCACUGCCAGGAGCCUCCCCAAUGGGCUCUCUGCUGCUCUGACGCGUGACUCCCGGGGGAGCUGGAAGACAAGGAAGCCCACGGAGAGCAUCAAAGGAUGCGGGCGUUAUGAGAAGAACAGGGCGGGCCUCGGCGAUGGGAUCCCUCCCGCACUGACAUGCUUUCUGGACAAGAUGCGGUGACUCUCCUCCUCCUUUCCUCAGAUGAACAGAGCCAGCGAGGACUUCUCCUGAAGAGUUCCUGAGGGGCCUUUCUGUCAUUGUUCCUCUUCCCGGCACACGGGGCUGUGUGCUGACCUUUCCAGAGGAAUCUCAGUCCAGCUGAGGAGACAGUGCUUAAUAAAACAAAACAAAACAAACAAGUCCUGCGGUCUGAAUGGGUGGUGUCGCUUGCUGGCUGCAGUUCUGUGCCUGUGACAUUUUUGGAAUGUCUGCAGAAACUUAAGAAAGACUACCUUAAAAUCUCCCUGGAUUAGGCCAAAGAAAAAGAAGUUUUGUGCCAGAAAGGAGGAAAGGAGAGUUGGUGACUUAUCCAUAAGCCAGGAUCUGACUACUCAAUAUCUUGGAGUUGUAGGAAUCAGCAUUAACCAAAAUGAGGAGAGACUGCGGGGUUCCGCCCCGAGGCAGGGUGUAAAGCACCCGCAGCGGUUCAGAGCUCAGGGCCUGAAUGAUGCCUGAAGACCGGAACUCUGGGGGACGCCCCUCAGGUGCCCUAGCCCCAACCGCCUUCAUCCCCAAAACUACCUACAGAAGAAUCAAACGGUGUUUUAGUUUUCGAAAAGGUAUUUUUGGACAGAAACUGGAAGACACGGUGCGCUACGAGAAGAGAUAUGGGAACCGCCUGGCCCCGAUGUUGGUGGAACAAUGUGUGGACUUCAUCCGGCAGAGGGGACUGAAGGAAGAGGGUCUCUUCCGGCUGCCAGGCCAGGCUAAUCUGGUCAAGGAGCUGCAGGAUGCCUUCGACUGUGGGGAGAAGCCGUCAUUCGACAGCAACACAGACGUGCACACAGUGGCAUCGCUUCUUAAGCUUUACCUUCGAGAACUUCCAGAGCCGGUGAUUCCUUAUGCAAAGUAUGAAGACUUUUUGUCAUGCGCCAAACUGCUCAGCAAGGAAGAAGAAGCAGGUGUUAAGGAAUUAGCAAAGCAGGUGAAGGGUUUGCCAGUGGUAAAUUACAAUCUCCUCAAGUACAUUUGCAGGUUCUUGGAUGAAGUGCAGUCUUAUUCAGGAGUUAACAAAAUGAGUGUGCAGAACUUGGCGACUGUGUUUGGUCCAAAUAUCCUGCGUCCCAAGGUGGAAGAUCCUUUAACCAUCAUGGAAGGCACUGUGGUGGUCCAGCAGUUGAUGUCGGUGAUGAUUAGCAAACACGACUGCCUCUUCCCCAAAGAUGCAGAACUACAAAGCAAGCCCCAGGAUGGAAUGAGCAACAACAACAAUGACAUUCAGAAGAAAGCUACCACGGGUCAGUUACAGAACAAGGAAAACAAUAACACCAAGGAUAGCCCUGGUAGGCAGUGCUCCUGGGACAAGUCUGAGUCUCCCCAGAGGAGCAGCAUGGACAAUGGAUCCCCCACAGCUCUGCCGAGUAGCAAAAGCAACAGCCCAAGGAACAGCGUCCACAAGCUGGACGUGUCUAGGAGCCCCCCUCUCAUGGUCAAAAAGAACCCUGCCUUCAAUAAGGGUAGCGGGAUAGUCACCAACGGGUCUUUCAGCAGCAGCAAUGCAGAAGGUCUGGAGAAAACUCAGGCCACACCCAAUGGCAGCUUCCAAGCCAGGAGGACGUCUUCACUGAAGGGGUCUGGUACCAAAAUGGGUACCCACAGUGUACAGAAUGGAACAGUACGCUUGGGCGUCUUGAACCCCGACGUGCUCGGGAACCCUGUGAAUGGUCGCAGCAUGAGCUGGCUGCCCAAUGGCUAUGUGACCCUGAGGGACAACAAGCAGAAGGAGCAAGUUGGAGAGUCGGGCCAGCACAACAGGCUCUCCACCUAUGACAAUGUCCACCAGCAGUUCUCCAUGAUGAACCUUGAAGACAAACACAGUGUGGACAGUGCCACUUGGUCCACUUCCUCCUGUGAAAUCUCCCUCCCUGAGAACUCCAUUUCCUGCCGCUCCUCCACUACCACCUGCCCAGAGCAAGACUUUUACGGGGGGAACUUUGAGGAUCCUGUUUUGGAUGGGCCACCCCAGGAUGACAUUUCUCACCCCGGGGACUAUGAAAACAAAAGUGACCGUAGGAGUGUGGGAGGUCGAAGUAGUCGUGCCACCAGCAGCAGUGACAACAGUGAGACAUUUGUUGGUAACAACACCAGCAACCACAGUGCACUGCACAGUUUAGUCUCCAGCCUGAAACAGGAAAUGACCAAACAGAAGAUAGAAUAUGAGACCAGGAUAAAGAGCUUAGAACAGCGAAAUUUGACUUUGGAAACAGAAAUGAUGAGCCUCCACGAUGAACUGGAUCAAGAAAGGAAGAAGUUCACUAUGAUAGAGAUUAAAAUGCGAAACGCCGAGCGAGCCAAAGAAGAUGCUGAGAAAAGAAAUGACAUGCUGCAGAAGGAAAUGGAGCAGUUCUUCUCCACGUUCGGAGAGCUGACCGUGGAGCCCAGGAGAACAGAGAGAGGAAACACGAUAUGGAUCCAGUGAGCCUGCGUUCUCUGCUGCCGCCUGAAUGGCUCUGGGGUGAACGAUGGGGACUUUGGUGGGAAGUGAUACGGGAGCGGGUGGCUGGUCACCUGGCUGUACAGAGCCCUGCUGGUGAGAGGUGUCAUUUACAGUCAUUAGCUGUCCACGUCUGCAAUGUGUACCAAAGUUAUAUCAUGCCGCCUCAUGCUACUGUCGAGUGUUACAACUGGAUAUGUGUAUAUAGAGUAGUUUUAAAAAGGAAACUGAAGCUAAGAAGCUUAUCUGAAGAAUUAUUUUAUUGCAAGUCUUGUAUUUAAAUGUUAAAUCAAUAUGUUGUUGCAAUUUAGCUUGCUCUCAAGCUUCACCCCUUGCACUUAACAUAAGCUAUUUUUGGCAUUAUGUUAUCAUCUGCU